AUGGAGAACCCUAAGAGCGCCACCGAAGAGACCCAGCAGGCCUUGCCCUUCGCGGGCAGGCUCGGAGCGAACCAACGAUUCACCAUCUCCGAUAAAGACCAACCAGAAGCACGCCCAUUCGCCGGCCGAAUCGGCGGCAACCAGGCCUUUACCGUAUCCCACCACAACCCGGACGCCGAGGAAAUCGUCAAGGAAACGCCCGACGCCGCUCCUCUCCGCAACUUCAAGGACGCAAUCGACCUGCGCGGCUUCCUCCAACCGGUCAUCUGGAAAGCCGCCAUCGUGGAAUGCUGGGGCGUGUCGAUGCUCGUGUUUUCGACCGGCCUGAUCGGGAUAGCCCUCGGACCGUACCGCGCAGCGAACGUCGUCGGCGUGUCGCUGGUCGGGGCGCUGACGAACUGGUUCUCCGUCUCUCUGUUCAUUCUCGCGGCGGGCCCGGCGUCGGGCGGCCACCUCAAUCCGUUCAUCACCAUGUCGACGUUUGCGGCGGGGCUGUCGACGUUGUCGCGGUCGGUGCUGUAUAUAAUUGCCCAGUGCAUCGGAGCGGUGGCCGGGGCGUUUCUCCUGAAGCUGGGGGUCAGCGGGGCGGAUUACUUCGCUCUUGUAAGCGAUGAUUUGAUACGGUAA